AUGGAGACGUCGACCGUCACCUACUCCUCCUCCUCGCCGCCCCCUUCCUCCUCGCCGCCGCAGCAGGCCGAGCAGGCCGCCGACCUCGACGCCGUCAGCCUCGGCCGCCUCAGCGCCAACCUCGAGCGCCUGCUCGACCCGGCCUUCCUCAGCUGCGCGGACGCCAACGUCGUCCUAGCGGCCGGGGGAGACGACGCCGCCGCCGUCGUCGGCGUCCACCGCUGCAUCCUCGCCGCCAGGAGCAGCUUCUUCCUCGACCACUUCUCCAAUAAGCUCGCCGACCCCGCCGCCGCCGGCGAGAAGGAGAAGGAGAAGGAGAGGCCGCGGCUGGAGCUCGCGGACCUGGUCCCGGGCGGGCGCCACAUCGGCCGCGACGCCCUCGUCGCCGUUCUCGGGUACCUGUACACGGGCCGCCUGAAGCCGCCGCCGCGGGACUCCGCGGUGUGCGUCGACGAGCGCUGCCCGCACGAGGCCUGCCGCCCGGCGAUAGACUUCGUGGUCGAGUCCACCUACGCCGCCUCCGGCUUCCAGAUCUCCGAGCUCGUCUCGCUCUUCCAGGUAGGAGUAAUAAGCAACAGAAUUUUGCAGCGUCGGCUGUCAGACUUUGUGAACAUAGCUCUGGUGGAGGACAUAGUGCCCAUCGUUCACGUUGCGUCCACCUGCCAGCUCCAUGAGCUGCUCAGCCAGUGCAUCCAGCGGGUGGCAGGAUCCAGCGUCGACAGCCGGUACCUCGAGAAGGAGCUCCCAGACGAUGCAUUUGCCAAGGUGAAGGAGUUCCGGCGAUACUCGCUGCACGACGAUUCAGACGAGUUCAUUCUGGACCCCGAGCAUGCCAAGAAGGUCAGGAACAUCCACAAGGCCCUGGACUGCGACGAUGUGGACCUAGUUGGCUUGCUACUACAAGAGUCUGCGAUCACCUUGGAUGAUGCAUUGGCAAUACACUAUGCCGCUGCAUAUUGUGAGCCUAAAGUGUUGGCUUUGCUCUUGAAGCUGGACCCUGCUGGUGACUGUGUUAAUGUGAAUCUGAAGAAUGAUAGUGGGUACACACCGCUGCAUUUGGCGUGCAUGAGGCGAGAGCCGCAGAUCCUUCUCUCUCUUAUCGAGAAGGGCGCGUCCGUGGUGGAGAGGACGCAGGAUGGGCGCGACGCGCUUACCAUCUGCAAGAGACUGACAACAGAGAAAGACUGCAACAAGAAGCUGGAGAAAUGUAAGGAGAGAAGCAAGGCUUACUUGUGCAUUGACAUCCUUGAGCAGGAGAUCAAGAGGAAAUCCUUCAUCUUCGAGGAGCUCCUUUCGGCGGAAGUUUCGGUUGCCACACCUUUGCUGGUAGACAAUUUCCACAUGAGGCUCAUAAACUUGGAAAACAGAGUUGCCUUUGCAAGAAUAUUCUUCCCUUCCGAAGCCAAGCUUGUGAUGCGCAUUGCACAAGCCGACUCAACCGAAGAGUUUGCCGGUCUCACGUCAGCUAAUUUCAGUAAACUGAAGGAGGUUGACCUAAAUGAGACCCCUACAAUGCAGAACAAGAGACUGCGUGAACGCCUUGAUGCAUUGACAAAGACAGUUGAGCUAGGGCGAAAGUACUUCCCGCAUUGUUCGGAUGUUCUCGACAAGUUCCUCAUGGAAGAAUCCACAGAUCUGCACUUCCUGGAAAGCGGCAGUGCCGAGGACCAGUACACCAGGAGGACGCGCUUCUCUGAGCUCAAAGAGGAUGUGAGGAAGGCCUUCAGCAAAGACAAGGCUGUUGCAGCCAUAGCCUCAUCGACGUCCUCGUCUUCACCGAGAGGUGAUGGAAAGGUUAGUAGACAUGGUCACAAGAAGGCGAGGCUGUCGCGGUGA